GUUGGAGAGGGGUCGGCUCAGGAGUCUGAUGUUAUUAUUCUCGAUGUUGGAGGAAUGUCCUGUGGUGGGUGUGCUGCGAGUGUAAAACGGAUUCUGGAAAGUCAACCGCAGGUGUCGACUGCUAGUGUCAACCUUGCUACUGAAACAGCAGUUGUAUGGGCUGUUCCUGAAGCCAAGGCAACCGAAAACUGGAAACGUUACUUAGGGGAGAAACUUGCAAAUCACCUGACAACUUGUGGGUUUAAAUCCAAUCUUAGAGAUUCUGCAAGAAAAAGCUUGUAUGAAGUUUUUGAAAGGAAGACUGAUGAAAAGCUCCAGCGCUUGAAUGAAAGUGGUAGAGAACUUGCUGUGUCAUGGGCAUUAUGUGCAGUCUGCCUGCUGGGACAUGCUUCUCAUUUUUUCGGAGCAAAUGUCCCACCAUGGAUCCAUGCUCUCCAUUCUACAGGAUUUCAUUUAUCACUCUCUAUAUUUGCGUUCAUCGGACCAGGGCGCAAACUCAUUAUUGAUGGAUUAAAAAGUUUGUUCAAGGGUUCGCCAAACAUGAAUACCUUAGUUGGCUUAGGUGCUAUAUCAUCCUUUGCUGUCAGCUCCAUAGCAGCUUUCAUUCCCAAACUGGGAUGGAGAAUGUUCUUUGAAGAACCAAUUAUGUUAAUAGCAUUUGUCCUGUUAGGGAAGAACCUCGAACAAAGAGCGAAGUUAAAAGCUAGCAGUGACAUGACUGGUCUUCUGAAUAUUCUUCCAGCAAAAGCGCGCCUUGCAGUUAAUAAUGACACAGAAUCAGCCUCACUUGUUGAAGUUCCAUGCAGCAGUCUCGCAGUUGGAGACUUCAUUGUCGUGUUACCAGGAGAUCGUGUUCCAGCGGAUGGAGUUGUCAAAGCUGGACGAAGCACUGUUGAUGAGUCAAGUUUCACUGGGGAACCUAUGCCAGUGACAAAAUUACCCGGGACUGAAGUUACUGCUGGAAGCAUCAACUUAAAUGGUACGCUAACCGUAGAAGUGAGAAGACCUGGUGGAGAAACCGUUAUGGGAGAUAUAGUUCGGUUAGUGGAAGAAGCACAGACACGGGAAGUGCCUGUACAAAGGCUGGCUGACAAGGUUGCUGGUCAUUUUACUUAUGGUGUCAUGGCAAUCUCUGCUGCAACAUUCAUGUUUUGGAAUACUUUUGGUUCACAACUUGUACCACCUGCUAUUCAAGGAAGUCCAAUUUCAUUGGCGUUGCAGCUUUCUUGCAGUGUUCUGGUUGUUGCAUGUCCAUGUGCACUUGGGCUGGCCACUCCUACUGCCGUGCUGGUUGGAACCUCGUUAGGGGCAACCAGAGGUCUACUCUUACGUGGUGGGAAUGUCUUAGAGAAAUUUGCAGGAGUUGACACAAUAGUAUUUGACAAGACAGGAACUUUGACAAUUGGAAGGCCGGUAGUAACUAAAAUUAUGGUUUCUAAAAGCGAAAAUCAAGAUUCAAAGAAUUCCGCAAAUCAUAAAUGGACAGAAGAUGAGAUUUUGAGUUUAGCCGCAGGAGUUGAAUCAAAUACAAACCACCCACUUGGAAAAGCAAUUCUUGAAGCUUCUCAAAUAGCUAGCUGCCAGAGUGUGAAAGUGAUAGAUGGAACAUUCAGUGAAGAACCUGGGUCUGGAGCAGUUGCCACCAUUGAACAGAACAAGGUUGCUGUUGGGACAUUGAGCUGGCUGAAAAGGCAUGGAGUUGUUCACAAUCCAUUUCCCGAUGCAGAGCUUGAUAACCAGUCUGUUGUAUAUGUAGGAGUAGAUGGCAGUUUGGCUGGAGUUAUUUACUUUGAGGACAAAAUCAGGGAAGAUGCUCGUCAAGUUGUUGAAGCUUUGUCUAAGCAAGGACUAAACUUAUAUAUGCUUUCUGGAGACAAGAAGAAUACUGCUGAAUACGUAGCAUCACUUGUUGGUAUCAGCAGAGACAAGGUGCUUUCCAGGGUCAAGCCUGAUCAGAAAAAGAAAUUCAUCUGCGAGCUUCAAGAAAGUCAAAAGGUGGUUGCUAUGGUUGGUGAUGGCAUCAAUGAUGCUGCUGCAUUGGCUGCUUCUGAUGUUGGAAUUGCAAUGGGUGAAGGUGUCGGUGCAGCUAGUGACGUCUCUUCUAUAGUGCUCAUGCGCAACAAACUAUCUCAGGUUAUUGAUGCGCUAGAAUUGAGCAAGCAAACUAUGACUACCGUGAAGCAGAAUUUGUGGUGGGCAUUUGCAUACAAUAUUGUUGGAAUACCCAUUGCUGCAGGAAUACUGCUACCUGUAACUGGUACGAUGCUGACUCCAUCCAUUGCAGGAGCUCUAAUGGGUUUGAGCUCAGUUGGAGUGAUGGCAAACUCAUUGCUCCUGCGGCUCAAAUUGGGCUCGAAACAAAAAAUUAUGAGUGAGCUGCAACAGAAACCCAGACAACUUUCUGUCUCAGAUGUUGUUCUGGACAUAAGCCACCAGCCGGAGAGAACUCAAUCUGCAAAGUGGAGGAGUCCCUGAUUCAUAGCAAAUGACUUCAACACGGAGUGCAGAAGACUCUCCGAAGACAAAUUUCUUUAACAAGGGAGAAGGCUGCAUGGGACUCAAACCCCUCGCAUAGCCUUACCAGAAUUAUCAAAUUCAUCCCUUCGCUUUUCAGCAGAAGUUCCAUAUUGUAUGUUUUUGCUGCUGGUUUAUUUGGCCAUUGCUCCCUCAGCCUCACAUCAACAGAUCAUAGAUGGCAUGAAUUUACUCAUUAUUUCUUAUAUAUGUUAUAUGACAUGAUAUACGAAGAAAUUAUGUAAAUUAAAUGAUCAAUAAUAAAUCAUUAUGCGGGUGAGCUGGACAAAACAGAGAAGUCCUUGGAGAACUGCAAAGCUUGUAUCUUUUUGGUUAUUGGAUUUCAUUAAGGGAUGUAUUUCACUUUAA